AUGGACAACCGCAGGGUGAUCAAAGCAUACAAAGAGAGGGGCAGGGAGAAAGUUUUGCCCCUUCCUUCAAAGGCCGGAUUGCUCCUGAAAAUGAAACGUUACAUAUCAGGCUCAUCACUAUGGCAAGAGGGACUCUCACGCCUGAGAACUGCCUCAUUGUCUUCUUCUCGAGCUCCUUCAGGAGUGUCGUCAAGGAAGCCUUCAGUGUCACAGCCCAACGCUCACUCAUCCCGGCUCAUUAGUGAGUCUUUCGCUGCUGCAUCGUCGACUAACCAGUCGAUGGAGCAAAAUCCAGAUCACACAGCCAAUGAGGUUUUGUCCACUUUUUUUAGGGAAAAAGGCAACCAACCGCUUUCACAGAUUGAGUACGAAGGGGUGAUGUCGCUCUUGGAGAAGUCCAGAGCCAAUAUGAGUAUGACUAGCAACGACCCUGACCAGCAGUCACACACGGUCGCUCGUGUUGGUUCUCCCACGAGAGACUCUUCUUUUGCACAGCAAAACAACACGACGCUAUCGAAUCGUGUGCUCAAGAACACAAGCUUUUACGACUCAAAUGCGCCAAAUGCCACUUUCGCUGCUCCUGACUACAGACCACUGUAUCAAAGUUUUAGUGGAAGCUCAAGAUCGCAUCCACCAGUGAAGCGUGUAUAUCAAUUCUCUGGAUUGCCAUCUCCCUACCGCACCAGAAUUCGUGCCCCCGGGCUGCCACAGAAGAAAAUGAGGCGAAUAGUGACCGAGUCAGAGGCUUCGACAACCCCAGUGCCCGCAGAAAAAUCGGACAGUGAAAUUUCUAAACCAAGAAGCAAUACUGCAAACUCCCUCUUGUCAGCUCUCGACAAUCAUCAGAAAGCAGAUAAUGGUGAGGUGACGUUUGAUAAAGCAGAAAAACCACUCUACAACCCAUACGUUAGAAAUAGAAGAAAAGCAGCUAGAGCUACUGCCUCAUCCAACUCGACUACGGCAACCCCAAAACCCUAUAGCACAGCUGAUGACAUCAGCAAAACCGUUGCUUUUAAUCAGGCAAAAGAAUUGACGGAGUCACCGGAAAAGGGUGAGUCCGAGUCAUUAUUUUCCUCAGUUUCUACCAAGCUUGCCAAGGAGAUUUCACAAAAUACAUCCGAGGUAAAAUCGGAUACAAAUUCAUUGUUCACUUUCAAGCCGUCUGAGGUGAAGCCUGUGGAGAAACAACCUGCCUUCACAUUUAACUUGAAAAAUUCAAGUGAGCCCAAGGUGCUGCAAGAAUCUCAGGAGAGCGAACCAAAACCAGAUGCCAACGGUUUUGUUUUCGAUGCCAAAAAGCCUGCAUUUUCUUUUGGCGCAAAAUUCGAGGCCAAUUCUUCUCAGAGCGACAAGGAUCAAAAGCCUCAUUUUGGCUUCAACUCAUCAAAAAUGUCUGCUUUCAAACCAAAGGCAUCAGAAGAAACAUUUGCGUCUCCCCAACCCUCUCGGGACUUUAGGGCAAAGGGCAGUGACCCAAGUAACUUUAACCCUAGUGCUGAAAAAUCGCUUACAGGUUCAAGCGAAACUGAGCCGGUGAAAUCGAGCCUUUUCGGCAACACCAACACAACAGCUGCAUUUUCUCAACCCACAUUCCUGUUUGGAAGCCAAAAGAAUGACUCAAAGUUCAAUGGGACUCAAAACAAGGCGGCGUCUGAAGAGAAAGUGGAUUCAAGAUCGUCAACAUUGCCCAAUGCUGACUCCCAAUUUGGCUUCAAAGAGGCAAAUAAGAUAGCACCACACAAACCUGUCUUUAAUUUCGGAGCUAAGAAGGUUGAGGAAGCUUCUGGGGAAAAAAAAGUGGAGUCUGCUGAGAAAUCCUCCUUGUCCAAUUCCACUACGUCGUCGGCCUUCACACUGGGCUCAAACACCAGUGAAAAAGGAUCUGCUUUUUCGAUUGGACUGAAGACUACCAAAGGAAUCGACGAGAUUCCUGGAGAUUCGAAGUCGAAGCCAUUGUUCUCAUUCCUGAAGUCGGACUCCGCUUCAAAGCCAGCAUUUUCUAUUGCGUCAACUUCGGAAACUUCUGAGGAAACUGGCAAGAAUCCUAGCGCUCACUCAGGCAAAUCCGCUUUUAGCUUCGGAUCAUCAAGCACAGGGCUACCACCAACGAAUGACGGGAGAAUUGAACUAAAAUCGAGUAGCUUUAGAGGGCCAGAUGAAUUGGAAGUCCAGGAGUCUGAAGAGAAAAAAGGCAACACAGAAUCCGAGCCAAAUGAAAGCUCGAAGUCUACGCCUGCUUUAACCUUUGGCGUUAAGAGCAAUAACAGUGCGCUAUUCGCCUCCAAUACUUCGAAGAACGAUGACAAUACCCCUUCCCUCGAAUCCAACUCGAAAAAUCUCGAGAAAGAGAGUGGAGCUGACAAAGGCUUUGAGGGUGAGGAAGCUGGAACCGGCUCAAUACCUUCGUUCAAGUUUGGCGCAUCGAAUGAGGUAAAGGACGCACCAGCCUUUAACUUUGGCACGAGCGCAGAGAAGAAAGAUACCCCGGCUUUUAGUUUUGGAAGCAAUGUUGAAAAAAAAGACACAUCCGUCUUCAGCUUUGGCAACAAUAGCGAGAAGAAGGAUGCGCCAGCACUCAUUUUUGGGACUAGUAGUGAGAAGAAUACCUCAUCUUUCAAUCUGGAAGCAAAUGAUAAAAAUAAAAAACCAGUCUUCGGCUUUUCUUCUAAAGCUGAGGAACAGAAAAUGUCAAGUUCUAGUGUUGAUAGUGCCACAGAGCAGCGCGAUAAGCACCUUAGCUUAGGGAAUAGCGUUAACAAAAAGAGCAUACCGAUGUUCAAUUUUGGCAACACAACUGAGAACAAAGAUACACCGGCGUUUGGUUUUGGCAACGCAACUGAGAAGAAAGACACACCAGCAUUCAGCUUUGGCAACACGACCGAAAAGAAGAAUACUCCAGCGUUCAGUUUUGGCAGCACAACCGGGAAGAAGGAUACACCAGCGUUUAAUUUUGGCAACACGUCCGAAAAGAAAGAUACGCCAGCGUUCAAUUUCGGUAGUACAAGCGAGAAGAAGGAUACACCUGCGUUCAGUUUUGGCGAGGUAUCUAAUGAUAAGCAGCCUGCUUUCAGUUUUGGCAAGCGCGAGGAAAAGACCGAAAGUAGCUACAAAACCAACGACUCGAAGCCAACUUUCAGCUUCGGCAAUACUGGAAAACCUGCUUUCUCGUUUGGUUCCCAAACCACUACCGCUGUCGCCGAGGAUAACGAAGAGUUCAAGUUUCCUGAGCUUCAAGGAGAAAACAUAACUGAGGAAGUUAAGAAGGGCGCCGAGAAGCACAUGGGCGAGUUUGAAUUUUAG